UGACCGGCAGUGCUGUCAUGUCUUUGUUGCCUCUGUUGUUCCUCAUAUGUUGUGAAUAGAAGAGCAGUAGAUGGAAAAAUAACAGUUAUUUGUACAGGAGAAACUAAUCAAAACCUUACCCACAACAGUCAAACCACCCAAAAGAUGGAAGACAAGCUGAAUGGAUUCCCUGUUGUCUCCCCGGAGUAUCUUCAACAGUGGGUUCAUUCUGCACAGCAAUUUCAAGCUCUCCAGGCCCAAUAUUCAGGCUUCAGCCACAACCAUCAGCCUCAUUACCCCGAGGAGCAGACAGGAGAGACAGCCAUGGCACACAUGGCGAAUCCAGAACCCAUGAUGGAACAGCAGGAACCUGCCAACCUUGCAAAAUCCCCGCCAAAAAAGAGAGGCCGACAAGCUCAACCCAAGGAGCCCAAAGCACCCAAACCACCAAAAGUCCCCAAGGUACCAAAGCCACCAAAGGACCCAAAUGCACCUAAAGGCAAACCUGGUCCCAAGCCCAAGAAGGCUGCUGAGGGUCAGGCGGAUGGCAAGCAAGAGAAGAUUGACGAGAGCUUCAAGAAGGUGAAGAGGAAAAUUGACCGCUUCAAGGGAAUGUCAGAGGAGGAAGUCAUGAAAAAGACUCUACCAGACCUGCUGGAUUACAACCUGGAUUAUGUCAUUAUUGGCAUCAAUCCAGGACUGAUGGCAGCUUUUAUUGGUCGGUGGUUUCCCGGUCCUGGAAAUCAUUUCUGGAAGUGCCUUUUCCUGUCUGGAUUCACUGAAGAGCAGCUCAACCACAUGCAUGACACCACCCUGCCUGUCAAGUACAAAAUGGGCUUCACCAACAUGGUGGCCAGGGCGACACCAGGAAGCAAAGACCUCACAAGUAAAGAGUUACGUGAAGGAGGCAAAAUUCUUGUAGAGAAGCUGAAGAAAUUCAAGCCUCUAAUUGCUGUUUUUAAUGGAAAAUGCAUCUAUGAAAUGUUCUGCAGAGAGAUGUUUGGUAAAAAACCAAAGAAACUUGAUUUUGGUUUGCAGCCACACAAGAUCCCCGACUGUGAAGUGGCUCUGUAUCUAAUGCCUUCAUCCAGCGCUCGAUGUGCUCAGUUCCCUCGUGCUCAGGACAAAGUCCAUUUCUACAUCAAACUGAGGGAGCUCAGAGAUCAGCUGAAGGGCGUCCAAAAGACCAGAGAGAUUGAGGAGAUUCAGUACUCGUUUGACUUGAAAUUGGCCAAGGAGGAUGCCAAGAGGAUGGCGAUUAAGGAGGAGCAGUACGAUCCUGGUUAUGAAGACGCCUACGGUGGAGCGUAUGCAGAGUAUGGAGAGGGUCAAGGCCAAAGCCAGACCAACGGUCACUGCACAUUCUCAACUACAGAAAACACAGAAGGAGCACAGGAGGCGGCCACGUCACAAAUACCAGAGGGCCAGCUCCCAGACGGACAGUGGAUGACCCAGUCUUUUGCAGAUCAGAUCCCAGACAUCAGCGGUGGACCGAAGGACGGCAGUGUAUAAGGACUCAUGAUGACUUUUAGAUGGUUUUAAUAGUGUCCGAGUGAAAUAUACACACAUAGAUGGACUUUUUUAGAUGUUUUGCAGAAUAUUCUUUCUGCACUUUUUAAUUUUGUUUGUGGUCUUGUGUACAUGUAUGAUCAUCUUCACGGCAGUCUUUUUAAUGAUGUGAAAUCAGGGACCUGACAAUGAUGCUCGACUGUCCUUGGAGAAGGUCGCGUAUUUAAACAUUUGUUUUUGCCUUCAUACUGUACUGUACCUUACUGCACUGUGAUGCAGUAUGUGUGAACAUUCAACUUCUACUGUUUUCACAGUAGAUAAAACUCCAGGAGGUUAUUUUAUAAGCUUGACUACAUGAUCCUCUGUGAAUUGAGGAUUUAGCUAGCAUUAAUGUUUUACACUCAUGGUGCUAUGAACUGACCACGAUGCAAAGUGAUCACUCGGUGACACCAGGCUCAUCACGUCUGUUAGAGAUCCCUCACAGGGAAUAACGGGCAAGCCUUUCAAUAUAAUGUUACAAAACUCAAAACAGGUUCUAUUUUAAUCUUUUAUCAUCAUUUUUUUGCUUUAGGAAAUUUAGAGUUAUGUUUUGUAUGUUUAUGAAAAUGUCAUUCACAAGGAAUUUUAUGAAACACUUGUCCAUUAAAAUGUCCUGAUGAUGCUUUUUCUAUA